AUGGAUAAUUUGUAAUAAUUAUUACAAGAACUUUUCUGUCUUUUGGAUUAAAAUUUUUUUCUUUCCAGAGAAUUUAAAAAAUUAUUUUCAACCUAUGAUAAUUUAGAAUAAAUAGCUUAGGAGAAAAAAUAUAAAGAGUUAGCAUAAAAAUUGAUUGAAUUUAUCUUAUCUAUUCAUAAAAUAAAUUAACCAUCAGUUUUAGAAGAGAAAAUUGCAAAAACGCAUAAGUUACUUAACAAUUAUCAAUCUUUAUUGAUCAUUUAAUAAUAGAAAGAAAUACCUUAAAUAAUUUAGAAUGAAAAAUAACUUUCAUGUGAUAUUUCAAAGAGUAAUCCAAAUACAGCAAGAGAAUUAUAAGGAAAGGUUCGUAAAACGACAAGAAAUUAACAAAUAAUCGAUAAGCAGCAACUUUCAUAAUAAUUUAGCAAUUAAAAAAAAUAAAAAGGAAUGCAAAAUAGUGAUUCUUAAUAGAAACUUUUUAUAGAGAAUAUACCUAAAAUGGGAAGAUCUUUAGUGAAAGAUGAUUAAUAACGAAAUUAUAAUAUAAUAACAGGAGUUUGA